AUGACCUCAAUCUCAUCAGCCAAGCUUAGAACUCGCACCGGCUGUUUACAAUGUCGGAAUCGUCGCAAGAAAUGCGAUGAACUACGACCCCAAUGUGCGGGGUGCAGGCGGAACCAGCUCCAAUGCAUUUGGCCGUCGAAUGAAGAGCGUAAGGAUGGACGAAUACGCCAACCGCGCUCUACGCAAUCGAUAAGCUUCGAUCAGCACGUGGAUGGAUUGUCCGGCGUCGGUACUAAGUCUACCUCCCUUGCGGGGCCUACACUUCGCCCGCCAGUUCAGAUGCCAUCUCCCUUUCAGCUUGAGGAGCAUUGUUACCUUUAUCGUUAUUUUGGAUCGGACAUACUGCCACGUCUGGUGCGAAGGAACUCGCUUGCCCGAUAUGCUGAUCAAUCAUACAAGUUGCGCCUCGCCCUGGAAUUCCCCCCCUUGAUGGGCGCAUUGAUUUCCACCUCCGCAAUGCAACUUGCCUGUGUGUCUGGCAAGUCAAUUCACUUUGCUUUAAAAACCUAUACACAGACUAUCAAUGGUCUGCGACAAGCUCUGGAUCGAAAGAUCGACUUUGUGUCUCAUGAUGCUCUACUUGCGACCGUCAUAACUCUGUCUGUGUUCGAGGUAGGAAAGCCAAAUUGCCUUAUCUAG